ACAGUAGUACUGAUGAAGACAAACCCAAUCGUUGGUUCACACUUAUUUUCCAGGGUGUGAGGAUGGCACAUGGUCCGCAGCCCAAUUACGACAAGCCCACUGCUCCACCUAUCCCUUUCACUCAACAAACUAGUUGCUCUUAAGAAUUCCUCUUGUCCUCCUGACAUUUCCCAACUUUCCCCUCUUGUCUGAUUGGUACCUCUCCAACGCCUGCUUCUUGGGAUCAGUUGGCCGGAAGAUCGGCAGCUUUAGUUGCCUACUGAUUCCUCUUUUGCUUGGGUGUGGAAGGAUGGCACAGCACUCUGAGAAUGCGGCAGAGAACAUGAUGAGCGGCAUCAUGGACGCCAUCGCCGACAAGCUCCCCAAGCAAAAGUCGGUCAGGUUCGAUGAUGAGGGCUCCAUCUCCGGCCAAGCCAAGAAGCUCUUUGGCGGCCACAAGUCUGUGCACCACGUCCUCGGCGGUGGAAAAUCCGCCGACGUGCUACUGUGGAGGAACAAGAAGAUCUCAUCCAGCGUUCUUGCUGUUGCAACAGCUGCCUGGGUCUUCUUCGAGUGGCUCGACUACCAUUUCUUGACCAUCGUAUCAUUUGUGCUUGUUCUUGGCAUGGUUGUCCAGUUCGGAUGGUCCAGCUUCGCAGGCAUGCUCAAUGGGUCUCCUUCUAACGUGCCCCGUGUGGAGUUACCCGAAGAGCUGUUUGCAAAUAUGGGCGCCGCUGUCGGCGCCCAGGUGAACAAAUUCUUGGGAAGCCUUCAGGAUGUGUCCUGUGGAAGAGACCUGAAGCAGUUCCUCAUGGUGAUCUCCGGAUUCAUUGUCGCCGCUUUCAUUGGGAGCUGGUUCAGUCUCAUCACCGUCAUCUACAUCGGGUUUGUGUGUGCACACACCUUACCAGUGUUCUAUGAGAGGUAUCAUGAUCAAGUCGAUGAGGUUCUGUACAACAUGCUUGGGUUGAUUGGGAGUCAGUACCAGAAGCUUGACAAGGGCGUCUUGAGCAAGAUGCCUAAAGGGAACCUCAAGUUCAGGAAGAGCCAGUAGUUGGAUUCACCGACAGAGCAUCUAUGCCGUGUAAUCCGGAUGAACGUGUUAGAAUUAAGGGGCUUGGCCCAUGUGUGGAAAUUGUGGAAGCAUCUCAACUCACCCGGUGGAGAGCCCGCAUGUUAUAUAUUCAUAGGAUGGGGCUUAUCUCAUAAAUGCAUAUAUUUGAUUGUUACAA